CACAAACACAUAAAUAAAUAAAAAUGCCACUCCCAUUGCUUGCCAGAAAAUCAUUAAGAGAUAACGAAGAACACUUAAAAACUGCUGUUGAAAGUAUUCAACAAUCUUUAGGUGUUGAAUGGUCAAUCGAAUUUGAUUUUGAAACCAUCAGUGCUAAAUUAGAUGAAAGCUACAGAACCCAAUUAGGUGAUUUAUUCUAUAAAGAUGUUGCUGGUUACAUUGCUCAAUGUGUUAAACGUGCUUGUGAAAAUGAAAUGACCAAAGAAGCUUUAAUUGAAGCCAACACCUCAAACAAAAUCAGCGUUGUUGUUAACGAUGAUAAAAAAUUCGAUAGAUAUUGGAAAUUUGUUUUCCAAAACAACACCGAUUUAGUUCUUUUCUUCAAACCAAAUCUCUGCAAUUUAUCAGAUAUUGCUUAUUUAUCUUUAUCAGAAAUUAUCCCAACUCCAGGUGUUUAUUCUUUAAAUGCUAGACUUAACCUCAAAAAGAAUGAAGAAAGCUUCCAAGAAUCUUUUGAAAAAAUUAAAGAAAUUACUAAAGUCGAUUGGUCACUCGAUGAUACUAGUCUUGAAACCCUCUACCCAACUCUUGAAAAGAGCUAUCAAGAUAGCAUCGGUGAUAUCUUUUCAGAAAUUACUAUUUAUGUUGCCCAAAACAUUGUUAAACGUUGUGCCGAUGAAAUGGUUUUAGAAGCUUUCAAUGAAGUUUGUACCAAUGGUAAACUUGUUUUCAAAAAUAACGCUAAACAAUCAGAAUAUUGGACAUGGGCCUUCAUCAAUGGUGAUUUAGUUGUAAGCUACAGAUCUAUUUGUAACACUUCCGAUAAUGCUCACUAUAACUUUGAAAAAUUAUUGUAAAUUAAUAAAGAUUGCUUUUUUUUUAAAAAUUUAAAAUUAUUUU